UUUAUUUUAAGAACGUUGAGGUUAUGACAUCAAAACAAGAUUUUAACAAUAAAAAAGACGUCUUUAUGUCACUUUUCGAUUUCUUAAAUAUUAAAUAAGAAAUUGCUAUAUUACCUUGUUAUUGUUUGAAACAUUUACAAAAAAAAAGUAUGGACAAGGAAAAUACAAUUUAAUAAAUUAUGUCUUUCUACUACGUCUGAUAUUAAUAGUAUGAAGCCACAUACAUGUUGGCUAUAUGUCUCUUUGUUAUUACUACUUAAUAUUGUGAUUGAAUCAUCCCAUAAUCAAGUAAACUCAUUAGAAAACAAUAAUUCUAUAAACUCUGAACUCAAUAAUAUACCUAAAUUAUCAAGUCAUGACAAUGGCCUUGCACAAGUAAAGGUCCAUUUUGUUAGCAGAAUUGUUGAAAAUGAGUACAUUGUUGCAUUUAAAGGCUAUUAUAAACCACAUACACGUGAGAAUUACAUAAAAGCUGCAUUAAAUUCAUCUGGUAUCCAUAAGUGGAAAAUUUUAUUUCGUGACAACUUAGCUAGCAACUAUCCAAGUGACUUUGAUGUUGUCCUAUUGGAAGAAACAGACAAAUAUAAUGGUCUUGAUGCUUUAACUGAUCAUCCUCUCAUUAGAAGAGUAACUCCUCAGAGGCUUGUACAAAGAAGUUUAAAGUUUGUCAACGCAUCAGAAGAUGCAGAUUUUCUAGAAUAUAAAAAUUUCAAAAGAAAAAUCAAUAAUUAUAACAAUCAGUUUUGGCAGUCAACUAAUCGUCAUACAUCACGUAGAUUAUUAAGAGCUAUACCAAGACAAAUUACAAGUAUACUCCAAGCUGAUGCUCUAUGGGGUAUGGGUGUUACUGGAAAUGGAGUCAAGGUAGCAAUAUUCGAUACAGGACUAGCAGCUAGUCAUCCACAUUUUAAAAAAAUUAAAGAACGUUCAAAUUGGACAAAUGAAAAGACGCUAGAAGAUGGUCUAGGUCAUGGCACAUUUGUAGCUGGAGUUAUUGCAUCAUCUUGUAUAGAUUGUCUUGGUUUUGCACCAGAUGCUGAACUUCAUAUAUUUCGUGUUUUUACUAAUACCCAGGUAUCAUAUACAUCAUGGUUUCUGGAUGCAUUCAACUAUGCUAUUCUUACAAAAGUUACAGUAUUGAAUCUUAGUAUUGGAGGACCAGACUUUAUGGACCAUCCAUUUGUUGAUAAAGUGUGGGAAUUAACAGCAAACGGUGUAAUUAUGGUUUCUGCAAUUGGUAAUGAUGGACCUUUAUAUGGUACCUUAAAUAAUCCUGCGGAUCAAAUGGAUGUCAUUGGGGUAGGUGGAAUUAAUUGGGAGGAUCAAAUAGCAAGAUUUUCAUCACGUGGUAUGACAACAUGGGAGUUACCAUCAGGAUAUGGAAGAGUAAAACCUGAUUUAGUCACAUAUGGCUCAGGUGUGCGAGGUUCUGCAUUGCAAACAGGUUGUAGAACUUUAUCUGGAACUUCAGUUGCUAGUCCUGUUGUUGCUGGAGCUGUGGCUCUUUUAGCCAGUGGAUUUGUAAAAGCAGAUGGAUCUCAAUCUGUUAAACAAAAAAUAACUCCAGCAAGUAUGAAACAAGCAUUACUUAUUUCUGCACGUCGUUUAUCAGGAGUUGGAAUGUUUGAACAAGGUGCUGGAAAGUUAGAUCUUUUACGAGCAUUUCAUUUCCUACGAUCAUAUACACCGAUCGCUACAUUAAGCCCGAGCUAUAUAGACUUGACUGAAUGUCAGUAUAUGUGGCCAUACUGUACACAAGCUGUAUAUCAUACUGGUAUGCCUACAAUUGUAAAUAUAACUAUAAUAAAUGGCUUGGGAGUAUCUGGUCAUGUAACAGAUCUUGUAUGGCAUCCGUAUACCGGUAAUGGUAACGGUGAGCGGAUUGAUGUAUCAGUAACUUAUAGUGAUGUUCUUUGGCCAUGGUCUGGAUGGUUAGCAGUUGCUAUAACAGUUCCAUCAUCAGCUCGUAGUUGGCAAGGCAUAGCACAAGGUCAUAUAUCUAUUACAAUUGAAUCACCACCGAGUAAUGGAGAAGAAAAAGUAAGACAAUCUAAGAUAGAAUUGCCUUUGAAAGCAAAAGUUAUUCCUACGCCUCCUCGUCAUAAACGUAUUUUAUGGGAUCAAUUUCACAAUUUGCGUUAUCCCCCGGGAUACUUCCCACGAGACGAUUUACGUGUGAAAAAUGAUCCACUUGAUUGGAAUGGCGAUCAUAUUCAUACUAAUUUCAAAGAUAUGUAUCAGCAUUUACGUAAUGCUGGUUACUAUUUAGAAGUACUUGGUGCUCCAUUCACUUGUUUUAAUGCCAAAAAUUAUGGUACCUUACUCAUUGUUGAUAGUGAAGAAGAAUUCUUUCCUGAAGAGAUAACUAAAUUAAGGAAAGAUGUAGAAGAAGAAGGUCUCUCUGUAGUCAUAUUUGCAGAUUGGUACAACGUUACUGUUAUGAGGAAAGUAAAAUUUUAUGAUGAGAAUACUCGGCAAUGGUGGAUACCAGAUACAGGAGGUGCAAAUGUACCAGCUUUGAAUGAUUUAUUAUAUUCUAAUUGGGGGAUUGCAUUUGGUGAUCAAGUACGCAAUGGUCAAUUUAUUCUUGGUCAACAUCCACCUGUAACUUUUGCUUCUGGUACUACAAUUACUCGAUUUCCAAAAGAUGGAGUUAUUCUUUAUGCAGAAUUACAUGAUCAAGGGCAAGAACUUUUGCUUGAAUCGGAAUCAAGAUCUACGAUGGCUGUGCCAAUUCUUGGACUUUUCCAAACCAAUGGUCAUGUAAAUAGGGAAAUGUAUAAUGACAAUUACAAUAAAAACGAGAUAAUGGAGAAAGAAAAUAUAGAAAAAAAUAAUAUGAAAGAUCAAUCAAAUGUUAUAUCAGGCAGAGUUGUAGUAUAUGGUGAUUCAAAUUGCAUUGAUGACAGUCAUUUACAGAAACCUUGUUUCUGGAUGCUCGAUGCUAUAUUGGAAUAUACAACAACGGGACAUAUCGCAGCUGUUUUUACAGACGAAAGUCAAACUAAGACGAAACUUCUUGAGAAAUCUAGUAUUUUAGACAGUAAUGAAUUACCACAACGUAUGGAAGGAAGUUACUUAAAGCGUCAUAGUAAAGUGUUACUGCCUGAAAAUACUAAUGCUGGUCAUAUUAGACCACUUUCAUCUUGUCCUACUAUUACUCCUGCUAUUCCAAAACCUUUAAAUGAAUCUGUUCCCAUAAAUCUCUAUAAACCUCAAAAACUAUUAUCUGUUGGAGACACAAUAGUUGCUAUAAAUCCAGUUUUACAAGAUUCAAGUCCAUUGUGGCUCAGAAGACGUGUUGGAGGUGCAAAUAUUCCUACAGUACAUAACGCAGAGCGAAAUAAUAUUGAUGAAUUAAAACAAAAUGAUCAAGAUAAUAGUAUAAUACUUACAAGUAAGUGGAGUUACAUGGCAGGAAUAAUAAUUGUAGGAAGUAUUUUUUUCUACUUAUUAAAUCGAUGGAAUUGCUUAAUAACAAAAAGGCAUUCUCGAAGAAAACGAACAGUCGGUAGAUUACGCAGAGUUAUUCAAACAAUUUCUCUACGCAGAGUGCCUCAAAUGUGACAAACCUUCAACUAAUGCGAGAUAAUAUUCAAUUAUCUGUGGUAAACGCUUAAGAUAUAACAAACUAUAUUAUGUGCCUUUAAAUAUAUAGUACUCGAUAUAAAUUUAAAAGUUAUAUAAA